AUGAAGCCCUUCUCCCUUCCCUGCGUCUUCCUCCUCAUCCUCAUGGCCUCCGCUCUACUCUUCCGGCUCCAGCGGAAGCAAGGGCGGAAGCCCCAGCGGAUCGAGCGGAAGCUCUGGAUCUACUGGAAGCAAAGGGACCCCCAGCUCUUCGGGGGGAAGCAAAGGAAGCCCCAGCCCCUCAUCCUCCACGCCUUCCGGUUCCUCCCGGUCCCCUUCCGGUUCCUCCAACCGGUCCCCCUCCAAGCCCGGCGGAUAUUCCGGGUCCAAAGCCGGUUACUCCUCUUCGGGGGGGUCCAGAAGUUUCACGCGUCCCGGGGGGUAUGCUGCUUGGCCGGAGGAGCGGCAGGGGCAAGAUCCGUUCUGCCAAGCAGCGGAUUCUCGUCGUUUGGAUUUGGGUCAUCGUACAGACCUUACUAUGGGUACUACUCGUCGCGGUAUCCGUAUUACUACGGGUCUGGGAACCCUUACAACUACUACUACGGCCAGAAUCGGCACUCCAGGAACUACAACAACACUCCACCAGGUACCACGAUCCCGCAGUACGGACCGGUCAUCAGCUACAGCAACAGCAGCACCAUGUUCCCUAACCUGACCGUUACCACCGGGCCCGGCUACGGUGUGCUCGUCCGAAUGCCACAGUCUAGUUUGCUCAACUUGGCAAAUUCUACCACUGUAUCCGUUCCGACUACCGAGCUGUUUCCGGUUCCGCCCGUCGGCAACGCGACGCAGCUGGUCUAUACAAGCGUUCUGGUGCACUUCAAUCCGAACGGAACCUUUCCGUUUGGCCAGCGCAUCGGCACCGCCUUCCAGAACACCACUUCCGGCGCGCCCCUCUUCCUGUUCGUUUUUCCGAUGGUGCCCGCCGACCCCAACCCACCGGCGCUCAACUCCAGCUACCUGCCGCCAGACUUUCGUCCCGCAACCAACUUUACUGUCCCGGCGCUGCCCGGCCUCUUCUGGUUCUCGAACGUGUCCAUUCCCAAGGCCGUCUCGAUAGGGGACGACAGCAACUACACCGUGCCUGAUGUGUGGCCGUUCUACAUCACCAAUAACACCCAGAUCGCCGCUUUCGGCGUCUUGGUCAGCGCGGACUACAUCCUGCUCGAGUCCACCGAUGACGUGGCGGUCCCUCAGCCGUCGCUCUCCCCGGUCGCCGGCAAGGCGGCCGCGAGCUUUACUGUUCUGGGCGACGACGGAACGGCGUCAAACACCGCCGCGGUAUCGCUCUCGCAGCCCUUCCCGGAAAGCUGCAUCUCAGCCCUCUGA